AUGAUAAUAAAAUUUUUAAAUAAAAUUAAAUAUAGUUAUAAAAUGAAUAAUAAAUUUAUAUUAUAUAGAUUUAAUAAAAUUAUAUAUUAUUUAAUUAUAUUAUUAUAUAAUUAUAAUUAUGUAUUAAAAUUUUAUAUUAUUAUUAUUAAUAAUAAAUAUUAUAUUUUUAUUUUAUUAAAUUCAUAUAAUAAAAUAAAUCAUUUUAAAAUGUAUGUAAAAUAUAAUCAAGUAUUUUAUAUAAAUUAUAAUAAAUUAUUGAAUUUUUUAAAAUUAUAUAGAUAUUUUAAAGGGUUGUUAAUUUUAUAUUCUUUUAAAUAUAAGUUUAUUACACAUAUAACAUUUUUAAAAUAUAAAAUUGGAGGUAUUUUAAUGUUUUAUAUUUUUUAA